UCCUCGAAUUGGUCUCCAACUCUGUCAUUUCGAAUCGAUGAAGUUGCGAGUGUGUGAACGUCGGAUUGAGGGACCAAGUCUUCGUGAGGUCGUUACGCAAAAACAAAAACCAGAACCAGGACCGUGAACAGCCCAUGGAGGUGUCGAAGCUGAAGUCGAAGGCGCGGUGUGUGGUCAUUCUUGGAAUCGUCACGUCGUUCGUCUUUUUCGCUGUGUCCUUCGCGCUGGUCAUCGUCACGGGCAUACGCACAGCCAAUUGGCGGAAAGACAAUGGUCCGGGCAACCAGGUUGCCCUCUCCGCGGACCACUACUCUGGACGGUUGGACUCGAGUAUGUACGCUUUCUUCUUCCAACUUCUCUUCGUAACUCUCUUCAUGGCCAUCGGGCACCUCACGCUCCUCUACGGACUCCGCAGGGAAUCCAAAAGGGUGGUGUUGAUUGGCACGGUGACUCGGGUAGCCGGCGGAUGCUUCGUCUUCGCCGCACUCGGCAUGGUCUUUCACAGCGUUACAGUGUUAUGGAUGGACUACAACGCCUUAAUGAUUGUCUUGCAGAACAAUCCGGGACCUAAUGCAUCGUACUCGCUACUCGUUGCCUUGCUGAUCGUCCUGCCCCUCAUCAUCCUCGCUGUUAUCCCGAUCGAGGUGUAUCAGUGGUACGUGCUCUUGAGCCGCUACGACGCGAUGGCCCCUACACUGCAGCGUGUUGAUACUCAGAUCUCCAACGACACGUCCUCCAGUCAGGUGUUGACUACACUGGAACGUUCUUCCGGGCCACGAGGGAGAAAUGAGCCUCCCAAGUAUAGUAAGCCGAUUCAUCCAAGAGGUGGAAUACCAGCUUCCACUGGGAGAGGAAGGUACUGAUCGACUGACAAGUCACAGACAUUCCACGGUGUUAGUGAUGACUGUAAUCCUUUUGCGCUGCCUCGGGAGUGCACGCGGUACUCUUCAUCUACACCACCCAGACAACAACGGCAUAGUGCUGGACUUUCUACAUCAUUUACUGAAGGUCAUCGCGAGUGUGCAGAUUGAA